AUGCUCAGGGCAAGCCGCUACCGCACCUCCAGAGCCCUGCCCAGAAGAAGCCACCGCCACGCCCCCUGGAGCCCUGCCCAGAGGAAGCCACCGCCACGCCCCCCGGAGCCCUGCCCAGAAGAAGCCACCGCCACGCCCCCUGGAGCCCUGCCCAGAGGAAGCCACCGCCACGCCCCCCAGAGCCCUGCCCAGAAGAAGCCACCGCCACGCCCCCUGGAGCCCUGCCCAGAGGAAGCCACCGCCACGCCCCCCGGAGCCCUGCCCAGAAGAAGCCACCGCCACGCCCCCAGAGCCCUGCCCAGAGGAAGCCACCGCCACGCCCCCUGGAGCCCUGCCCAGAGGAAGCCACCGCCACGCCCCCCGGAGCCCUGCCCAGAAGAAGCCACCGCCACGCCCCCCAGAGCCCUGCCCAGAAGAAGCCACCACCACGCCCCCCAGAGCCCUGCCCAGAAGAAGCCACCGCCACGCCCCCCAGAGCCCUGCCCAAAGGAAGCCACCGCCACGCCCCCAGAGCCCUGCCCAGAAGAAGCCACCGCCACGCCCCCCAGAGCCCUGCCCAAAGGAAGCCACCGCCACGCCCCCAGAGCCCUGCCCAGAGGAAGCCACCGCCACGCCCCCAGAGCCCUGCCCAGAGGAAGCCACCGCCAUGCCCCCUGGAGCCCUGCCCAGAAGAAGCCACCGCCACGCCCCCCAGAGCCCUGCCCAGAGGAAGCCACCGCCACGCCCCCCGGAGCCCUGCCCAGAAGAAGCCACCGCCACGCCCCCCGGAGCCCUGCCCAGAAGAAGCCACCGCCACGCCCCCAGAGCCCUGCCCAGAAGAAGCCACCGCCACGCCCCCCGGAGCCCUGCCCAGAAGAAGCCACCGCCACGCCCCCCGGAGCCCUGCCCAGAAGAAGCCACCGCCACGCCCCCCGGAGCCCUGCCCAGAAGAAGCCACCGCCACGCCCCCCGGAGCCCUGCCCAGAAGAAGCCACCGCCACGCCCCCCGGAGCCCUGCCCAGAAGAAGCCACCGCCACGCCCCCCGGAGCCCUGCCCAGAAGAAGCCACCGCCACGCCCCCCGGAGCCCUGCCCAGAAGAAGCCACCGCCACGCCCCCCGGAGCCCUGCCCAGAAGAAGCCACCGCCACGCCCCCCGGAGCCCUGCCCAGAGGAAGCCACCGCCACGCCCCCCAGAGCCCUGCCCAGAAGAAGCCACCGCCACGCCCCCCAGAGCCCUGCCCAGAGGAAGCCACCGCCACGCCCCCCAGAGCCCUGCCCAGAGGAAGCCACCGCCACGCCCCCCAGAGCCCUGCCCAGAGGAAGCCACCGCCACGCCCCCCAGAGCCCUGCCCAGAGGAAGCCACCGCCACGCCCCCAGGGACAGCCAGAAUCCUGAGUCCCUAGCCCACGGGCGUCCAUUCUACCUGUUUCUGGUCCUGAGGAGGACAGGGGUUUUUCCACAUUCCCUGCAAGGGCCGUGCCUGGCAUCCACCCCAAAAGGAGGAAGCAGAAGAAGCUGGCCGUACCCACUUCACCUAAGCCUCCCAAGCGGGGCCAAGAAGGUUCCACCUCUCAUCAUGAUUUUCCAGUGUCUGGCCCACAGGGGCCGGCUUAUCCUUGGUUCUGCAGCGCCCUGCCCAGAAGAAGCCACCGCCACGCCCCCCAGAGCCCUGCCCAGAAGAAGCCACCACCACGCCCCCCAGAGCCCUGCCCAGAAGAAGCCACCGCCACGCCCCCCAGAGCCCUGCCCAAAGGAAGCCACCGCCACGCCCCCAGAGCCCUGCCCAGAAGAAGCCACCGCCACGCCCCCCAGAGCCCUGCCCAAAGGAAGCCACCGCCACGCCCCCAGAGCCCUGCCCAGAGGAAGCCACCGCCACGCCCCCAGAGCCCUGCCCAGAGGAAGCCACCGCCAUGCCCCCUGGAGCCCUGCCCAGAAGAAGCCACCGCCACGCCCCCCAGAGCCCUGCCCAGAGGAAGCCACCGCCACGCCCCCCGGAGCCCUGCCCAGAAGAAGCCACCGCCACGCCCCCCAGAGCCCUGCCCAGAAGAAGCCACCGCCACGCCCCCAGAGCCCUGCCCAGAAGAAGCCACCGCCACGCCCCCCGGAGCCCUGCCCAGAAGAAGCCACCGCCACGCCCCCCGGAGCCCUGCCCAGAAGAAGCCACCGCCACGCCCCCCGGAGCCCUGCCCAGAAGAAGCCACCGCCACGCCCCCCGGAGCCCUGCCCAGAAGAAGCCACCGCCACGCCCCCCGGAGCCCUGCCCAGAAGAAGCCACCGCCACGCCCCCCGGAGCCCUGCCCAGAAGAAGCCACCGCCACGCCCCCCAGAGCCCUGCCCAGAAGAAGCCACCGCCACGCCCCCCGGAGCCCUGCCCAGAGGAAGCCACCGCCACGCCCCCCAGAGCCCUGCCCAGAGGAAGCCACCGCCACGCCCCCCAGAGCCCUGCCCAGAGGAAGCCACCGCCACGCCCCCAGGGACAGCCAGAAUCCUGAGUCCCUAG